GGACGCGUAUCCUCAGCAUUCCACUCAUUCCAGCCCUGCAACCUCACUCAGGACACGCGUGGACACACUACAUCCUCACUCGGGGACUGGAAGAAGCUUUGUGGCGGCACACAUGACACCUGACACCUGACACGUGACACCAGCUUUGGGUUCCUGAAGUAGCGUCCCUGCGUCAUGAGGACCGCGGAGACGGGUCCCACCACGGUCCUGCACCGUCUCAUCCAGGAGCAGCUGCGCUGGGGGAAGCUGGCGGACACUCGGGCGCUGCUGGCCAUCCAGCAGCAGGCCCUGCGUGGAGGAGGACGCCCCGUCACAGGAAGUCCUGGUCACUCCGAGGAGAAGCUGAGCCGGGGGGACACGCGGGCGUCCACCAGGCAGGACCCUCAAGGCCAGGAGCACCGGGGUAGCGGCGUCCAGCCGGAAAAGUCCCAGAAGAACUCCUUCCAGCUGGGUGGAGAGGAGCUUCCUAGCUAUGAGGAGGCCCAGCACCUGAUGUCCCACAAGGAGGACAUGACAUGCGGAGGAGGACACCUGAUAUCAAACAAGGAGGACAUGAGGUGUGGAGGAGGACAUCUGAUAUCAAACAAGGAGGAUAUGACAUGUGGAGGAGGACACCUGAUAUCAAACAAGGAGGACAUGACAUGCGGAGGAGGACACCUGAUAUCAAACAAGGAGGACAUGAGGUGUGGAGGAGGACAUCUGAUAUCAAACAAGGAGGACAUGAGGUGUGGAGGAGGACAUCUGAUAUCAAACAAGGAGGAUAUGACAUGUGGAGGAGGACACCUGAUAUCAAACAAGGAGGACAUGAGGUGUGGAGGAGGACACCUGAUAUCAAACAAGGAGGACAUGACAUGUGGAGGAGGACACCUGAUAUCAAACAAGGAGGACAUGAGGUGUGGAGGAGGACACCUGAUGUCAAACAAGGAGGACAUGAGGUGUGGAGGAGGACACCUGAUAUCAAACAAGGAGGACAUGAGGUGUGGAGGAGGACACCUGAUAUCAAACAAGGAGGACAUGAGGUGUGGAGGAGGACAUCUGAUAUCAAACAAGGAGGACAUGAGGUGUGGAGGAGGACAUCUGAUAUCAAACAAGGAGGAUAUGACAUGUGGAGGAGGACACCUGAUAUCAAACAAGGAGGACAUGAGGUGUGGAGGAGGACACCUGAUAUCAAACAAGGAGGACAUGACAUGUGGAGGAGGACACCUGAUAUCAAACAAGGAGGACAUGAGGUGUGGAGGAGGACACCUGAUGUCAAACAAGGAGGACAUGAGGUGUGGAGGAGGACACCUGAUAUCAAACAAGGAGGACAUGAAGUGUGGAGGAGGACACCUGAUGUCAAACAAGGAGGACAUGAGGUGUGGAGGAGGACACCUGAUAUCAAACAAGGAGGACAUGAGGUGUGGAGGAGGACACCUGAUGUCAAACAAGGAGGACAUGAGGUGUGGAGGAGGACACCUGAUGUCCCACAAGGAGGACAUGAGGUGUGGAGGAGGACACCUGAUGUCCCACAAGGAGGACAUGACAUGUGGUGGAGGACACCUGAUGUCCCACAAGGAGGACAUGAGGUGUGGAGGAGGACACCUGAUGUCCCACAAGGAGGAGAUGUGGUGUGGAGGAGGACACCUGGACGCCAAGCUGGAACACAGUCGUUCCCUCAGCGAGCGGCUGAUGCAGUUGUCCCUGCAGAGGAGCACUCAGAGUCAGGUUCUGUCCCUCAGCUCCUCCCACAGUUCUCCUCAGCUGUGCAGCAGUCCAGGAGCCCCAUUGGACCCCAGAGGACCGCCGCCAGGAUACCAGCAGGAGGCUCCGCCCCCCUCGCACAGGAAGGCUGGCGUUGCCAUGACGACGGCGGCGGCGUCCGGCGACGCGCUGAUGAUGGAGAACAUCAGGCUGAGGCAGGAAGUGGAGAUGUACGCCCAGAAGGUGGCUCGCCUGGACAAGAUGGAGGAGGAGAUGAAGAAAGUCUCUGAGGCGCACCAGACCUUGAUGAAGGACUCAGUCAAGCGCCAAGACCUGGAGAAGACGAUGAGGAAGAAGCUGGAGGCGGAGAUGAAGAGGAUGCACGACUUCAACCGCGACCUAAGAGAACAACUGUGGGCGGCGACCAAGCAGCGAGCGGUCAAGGAGGAGGAACACUCGGACCACAAGCAGCACGUCUUCCUGAAGCUGCUGGAACAAAACGAGCAGCAGUGGCGGGAGAAGGAGCGCCUGGAGAAGAAGGUCCAGCACCUGUGUCUCUCGGCCGAGGACAGCCGGCGGGCGCGUGAGCGCCUGGAGGUGGCGCUGCUGGCGUCGCACGCUCGCAACCGGCUGCUGGGGGAGGAGCUUCAAAGAAAGCGCGCCUACGUGGAGAAGGUGGAGCGCCUCCAGGGCUCGCUGGCCCAGCUGCAGGCGGCGUGCGAGAAGCGGGAGGAGCUGGAGCUGCGCCUGCGCACCCGGCUGGAGGAGGAGCUGAGGAGCCUGCGGGGACAACAGAACCGGACCUCGGGCCUGCGGGCUGCGGAGCCAGAGUCCUGCUUGUGGCGGCAGCAGCUGGGGGAGCCAGAGGGGCGCAUCCUGGUCCUGGAGGAUGACAUCAGCAGCUGGGAGCACAAGUACCUACAAGAGAGUACCAUCAGGUACUUUGCUGUGGACCCUGCUGCGGCGCACAGAGACACCACCACCACCACCAUCAGCAAGUCGCCUCCACUUUCUCCUGACAGCAGCUCGAAGGAGGACCUGCCUGUCACCUGUCUCACACAGCAGGAAGUGCAGAACAGGAUGCGAGCCUUGCACGUCCAGCUCCUGGAGAAGGACUCCAUGAUCCGGGUCCUGCAGCAGCGCUCCAGACGGGACCAAGGAGUCCUCAGGCCUGCCCGCUCCGUCCCAUCCAUCUCUGCAGCAGGGGGCGCCUCCACCGACACCAAAGGGAAAAGUCUCUCAGAUGACCAGACAGGCGUCGCCGGGCUGCGACACAGGAGCCCACAAGAGUGUGACGUGGCCCCCCCACUGGAGACAACACCCACGGGGGAAGUGACGAGCACGGGCAGAAGGGAUGAGGACGUGGUGGACAUGGUGGACAUGGUGGACAUGGAGGACAUGGUGGAGAUCCUCAUCUGAAGAAGGCUCAAAAUGUCAUGGAAGCCUGAAGGACUCUGAGACCUUGGAACACGUGUGUCUUAUUUAUUUCUAAUGUGCUGCUCGUCUUUUUUAAGCUCCAACAUUCUGUUUUAUUGCCUUUUUAUUUAAAAUUAAGCGUCUUUUCUGUGUAACAGACCUCCAUCUUUUUAUCUAACUUAUUAUUUAUCUUUUCUGUCCAAAGUCCACUUAGUCCUCCUUCCAAAGACCCUCAAAAAUAAUGUCCUUCGGCGCCGCUGUGCGUCAAAAAAAACCUAGCGUGACCAAAAAAUAAAAUAAAAAAAAGUGUCCAUAAUGUGAGAUCGCAUGAGUGCUGCCGGCACAAGGGAGCUGCAGUUUUCUGAAAGAGACAUUCAUCCCGUCAUGACAUUGCAAAGCAGAGACAAGAUGACGAUGCCUAUUUUAUAAAAAACAAACAAACCUAGGAAAAACACCCUUCUGAAAGUCACAAGCCGGUUGCUCGAGUGCUGCCGGCACUAGAUAGCUGCAGUUCACUGAGGGAGAAAUAACUGUGUCAUGACAUUGCGACGCAGAGACAAGAUGACGAAGCCUAUGUUAAUUUUUUUUUUUUCAAACCUAGGAAAAACACCCAUCCGAUAGUCACAAGAUGGUUGCACGAGUGCUGCCGGCACAAGGGAGCUGCGGUUCAAUGAAAGGGAUACCUUUCGUCAUGACAUUGCAUCGCAGAGACAAGAUGACGACACCUAUGUUAUAAAAAAACAAACAAACCUAGGAAAAACACCCUUCUGAAAGUCACAAGAUGGUUGCUCGUGUGCUGCUGGCACUAGAGAGCUGCAGUUCACUGAGGGAGAAAUUACUCUGUCAUGACAUUGCGACGCAGAGACAAGAUGACGAAGCCUAUGUUAAUUUUUUUUUUUUUCAAACCUAGGAAAAACACCCAUCCGAUAGUCACAAGAUGGUUGCAUGAGUGCUGCCGGCACAAGGGAGCUGCAGUUUUCUGAAAGAGAAAUUCAUCUCGUCAUGACAUUGCAUCGCAGAGACAAGAUGACGACGCCUAUUUUAUAAAAAAACAAACAAACCUAGGAAAAACACCCUUCUGAAAGUCACAAGAUGGUUGCUCGAGUGGUGCCGGCACUAGAUAGCUGCAGUUCACUGAGGGAGAAAUAACUCUGUCAUGACAUUGCGACGCGGAGACAAGAUGACAAAGCCUACGUAAAAAAAUUUUUUUUUUUAAACCUAGGAAAAACACCCAUAUGAUAGUCACAAGAUGGUUGCACGAGUGCUGCCGGCACAAAGGAGCUGCGGUUAAAUGAAAGGGAUACAUCUCGUCAUGACAUUGCGACGCAGAGACAAGAUGACGAUGCCUAUGUUAAAAAAAACAAAAAGAAACAAACCUAGGAAAAAACACCCAUUUGAUAGUCACAAGAUGGUUGCAUGAGUACUGCCAGCUCUAGGGAGCUGCAGUUUAAUGAAAGAGAGAUACAAAUCGUCAUGACAUUGUGACACAGAGACAAGAAUAUGAUGCCUAAGUUAAAAAAAAAAAAACAAACCUAGGAAAAACCACCCAUCUGAUAGUCAUAAGAUAGUUGCACGAGUGCUGCCGGCACUAUGGAGCUGCGGUUCAAUGAGGAAAAGAUGAAUCCCGUCAUGACAUUGUGACGCAGAGACAAGAUGAUGACGCCCAUGGACAAAAACACAAAUAAACCUAGGAAAAACACCCAUCUAAUAGUCACAAGAUGGUUGCACGAGUGCUGUCUGCACGAGGGAGCUGUAGUUCACUGAGGGAGAAAUAACUCCAUCAUGACAUUGAGACGCAGAGACAAGAUGACGAAGCCUAUGUUAAAAAAAUAAUAUUUUUAAACAUAGGAAAAACACCAAUCUGAUAGUCACAAGAUGGUUGCACGAGUGCUGCCGGCACAAGGGAGCUGCUUUUAAAUGAAAGGGAUACAUCUCGUCAUGACAUUGCGACGCAGAGACAAGAUGACGAAGCCUAUGUUAAAAAAAACUAACAAACCCAGGAAAAACACCCAUCUGAUAGUCACAUAAUGGUUGCACGAGUGCUGCCGGCACCCGGGAGCUGGUUCACUAAGGUAAAGAUAACUCCUGUCAUGAUACUGUGACGCAGAGACAAGAUGACAACCCCUAUAUUAAAAAAAUAAAAACCUAGGCAAAACACCCAUCUGAUAGUCACUAGAUGGUUGCACGAGUGCUGCCGGCACUAGGGAGCUGAGGUUCACUGAGGAAAAGUUGAAAUCCAUCAUGACAUUAAAGAAACAAACAAACUUAAGAUGAUUAAAAAAACUAAUAUAUAAUCUGAGAGUAGCAGGAUAAUUGCACAAGUGCUGCCUGAACUAGGGAGCUGCGGUUCCCUGAGGGAAAGUUGAGAUCCAUCAUGACUUUAAACAACAACAAAAAACUUAAGAUGAUUAAAACGUUAAAAUGGCUCACAUUCUCCGCGAUGCACCCGUCCCGGGCUCGGACCCGUGGCGGCUGGUUCCGCCACCAAUGGAGCUCUGUUUGUUUUUUAAUUUUUAUUUAAUUGUUUAUUUUAUAACACACACACACACACACACACACACACACACACACACACACACACACACACACACGUGUCAUGACGUCUUGUGUUCCACCAAGAGAUUAAAGUAUUAAUAUAUGUCCAUCA